UUAGUUUCCACCCGGACACAUAAAUAAGACGGAGAAGAAGAAAACAUGUCGUUCAACUUCGGCGGCGGGACCACGAACACAGCGAGCUCGUCUGGGUUUUCAUUCGGUUCAUUCGGUGCCAAAACGACAGCGUCCACAGCUUUUGGCUUUGGUACUGGUACCACCACUACCGCCUCAUCCGGAUUUGGUAGUCUGUCUGCCCCUGCUUUUGGGGCGGCCACCACGACGACGCCGUCCACGGGGUUCGGAUUUGGUGCCACAAACACAGGCGCGUUCGGAGGCUUCGGCACCACCACCACCUCGGCUUCCGCUGCCCCCAGCUUCAACUUCUCCAACCCCACCAACACAGGGGCUGGUGGUCUGUUCGGAAAUACCCAGAACAAAGGCUUUGGGUUUUCGUCUGGUCUGGGAACAGGGACCGGUACCGGGGCAGGGUUUGGCUCCGGGUUGGGAGGUGGAGGUCUCGGCUUCGGGGGCUUCAGUCUUCAGACCAUGCAGCCACAGCAAGGAGGUCUGUUCGGCCAGCAGGCCCAAGCACCGACACAGUCUAAUCAACUCAUCAACACGGCCAGCGCUCUCUCCGCGCCCACGCUGCUGAACGACGAGCGCGACGCCAUCCUGGCCAAAUGGAACCAGCUGCAGGCCUUCUGGGGUACCGGCAAGGGCUACUUCAACAACAACAUCCCGCCCGUGGACUUCACCCAGGAGAACCCUUUCUGCCGAUUCAAGGCAGUGGGCUUCAGCUGCAUCCCCAGCAGUAAGGACGAGGACGGUCUGUUGGCUCUGGCUCUUAAUAAGAAGGAGGUGGACGUUCGCGGUCAGCAGCAGCAGCUGGUCGAAUCUCUACACAAAAUUCUGGGUGGAAACCCGACGCUCGCCGUGAACGUAGAGGGAGUUAAAGCUCUGCCCGAUGACCAGACGGAGGUUAUGAUCUACGUGGUGGAGCGCUCGCCCAACGGCACGUCGAAGCGAGUCCCAGCCUCCACACUCUUUAGCUACAUGGAGCAGGCCAACGUUAAGAACCAGCUGCAGCAGCUCGGUGUGAUGAUGAGCGUCACUCGGACAGCGCUUUCUCACGCGCAGCUCAAACAGCUCCUGCAGAAUCCUCCCGCAGGAGUCGAUCCGAUCAUAUGGGAGCAGGCUAAAGUGGACAAUCCUGACCCUGAGAAGCUGAUCCCGGUGCCCAUGGUUGGUUUUAAGGAGUUGCUGCACAGGUUGAAGAUUCAAGAACAGAUGACUAAACAGCACCAGACCAGAGUAGACAUAAUCGCCACAGACAUCAGUGAGCUUCAGAAGAACCAGGCCACCACUGUGGCUAAAAUCGCUCAGUACAAGAGGAAGCUGAUGGACCUGUCACACCGAGUUCUGCAGGUGCUGAUAAGACAGGAAAUUCAGAGCAAGAGCGGUUACGCCAUCCAGGUGGAUGAAGAGCACCUCAGGGUGCAGCUGGACACCAUUCAGUCUGAGCUUAACGCUCCAACGCAGUUUAAGGGACGGCUGAAUGAGCUGAUGUCUCAGAUCCGGAUGCAGAACCACUACGGUGCGGUGCGUGCCGAGGAGCGGUACAUCGUAGACACGGACCUGCUCCGAGAGAUCAAGCAGCAUCUGAAGCAGCAGCAGGAGGGUCUGAGUCACCUGAUCAGUGUGAUAAAGGACGACAUGGAGGACAUCAAGAUCAUCGAACAGGGACUGCAUGAUAGCGUACAUGUGAGGGCCGGAAAACUCAGCUGACAUGGACACACACACACACACACCGCUCGUCAUCAUUAACCAGCAGUCUCGCAUGUGACCAGUUUGUUGUGUACACAAACACACACACACUAAACAUCUUGGUGAGAUGUGAGAGAAAUCGAUCAUUGGAGAGUGAUUUUGUUUUAUUUUUUUCAUGUAAAUAUGACUCUUCGUGUUCCUAAAGCACACAAGGAUCUAUUGUGAACCUUUUGAACUAGUUUAAAUAAAGUUUCGCGGUUACAAUGAA